AUCUGGGAUAGUUCUGCGACUAGCAAUUUUUCGAUAGCGAUACCGGCUUUCUUCAUAUGAAUUGGUCACUAUGAUUUGGGGGUUGCGAAGAAGCAAGCGAGGUGGGAGGUGGGUGCUAGAGGCUGGUAGGAGAGGGCAUGCUGGGUCAGAGCCUGGAUGGAGAACGUGGGAAUGAGACGGGUGGAGAGAGCUACAAGAAUGGCGUGGUGACCGUUGUUCCGGAAGAUGUGGAUCGGGUAGCCCCACUAGUCCUGGAACGAGGUGCUGAGCCGAAUUACCGAUUCGCGUUAUUUCGUAAAUUGAGGGUCCUAUGUAGUGCAGGCGCAGCGCGCGAGGCUGGUGGAAGGAUGGAGUGGCAGGAAGGCUCGAGAAGUGGUCUUCAAAAACUGUCUUAUGAUGAGGAUUGCAAGGAGUUAGACUGAAAUCAGCAGCCUCAAGCUUCUCACUCCAGUGUAGCAUACAA